AUGGCAGAGCAUAAUUCAAAUUCUAACCAAUCUAUGGCUUCUAAUAAUAAGGAAGAUAAGCUUAAGUUGAAAAUACUAGCUUUUCAUGGAUAUCGGCAAAACGGUGCUUUAUUUAGAGGAAAAAUAGGAUCUUUCCGGAAAACUGUUUCAAAGUAUGCACAGCUAUUUUUUGUAUCUGCACCUCACAAGAUUUUCAGUGAGGAAGGUGGUGGCGAUGAAGACACUCGUGCCUGGUGGUUCAACGCAGAAGAUAAUUCAUUUAGUGGAAAAUGUCUUGGAGGUCCCGCCAUUGGUUUUGAAGAUACUUUACGCCUGAUAGAGCAAGUUGUGCAAGAACAUGGUCCAUUUGAUGGUUUCAUGGGAUUUUCACAGGGUGCCUGUUUAGUUGGAUUACUUGCAGCUAUGCAACAAAAGGGAUAUUUACAAUAUAGAUUUAAAUUUGCAAUAUUUGCAUCUGGUUUUCGCUCUGGUAGCUUGGUUCAUAAAGGAUUCUAUGAUGAGGAUAUUAAUUUACCUUCACUACAUGUAUAUGGAGAAAGUGAUUCUAUUAUUCCAAAAGAAAUGAGUGAAUCACUCAUAAAUUUAUUUGUAAACCCAGUGGUAGCUGAACACUCUGGAGGGCAUUAUGUAGCAUGUUCUGGGUCAACCAAAGAUGCAUAUUUAGACUUUUUACAUGAAAGACACCAAGACCUAUUAGAAUAUAAACACAAAGAUGGGGACUCAAGUUCA